UCCUCCUUUCAUUUCUUUCGUUUAUUUGAAUGUCAAAUCAUCAUCAUUUUUUCAAUUCAAAUUCAAAACUAAUUCUAUCUAUUGUCACAAUACAGAAAUCCGAAAAAUGGCAAUGAAAAAAUUACAAGAAAAAUUAACAAUUCUGGAUCAAAAAUUAUCCUAUCAAUGUUAUCGUAUUGGUCAACAUAAUUUUCAAAUUAAAAAACGUUAUCUACAAAUAUUGGAAUAUUCAUGUCAUGGUAUACCAUGGUUAGCAUUGAUUACAUUAUUUACAUUCACUACAAGCGAUAAUAAUUUUUGGAUUGAAUUAUUAAUCGGUUUAUUAAUCGAUAUUGUUUAUAUUGCAUUGGCAAAAGCAUUUUGUCGUCGACGACGUCCAUCAUAUGCACCACAAGCUGAAAAUGCAUGGAUUACAGUGGAUAAAUUAUCAUUUCCAUCUGGACAUGCAUCACGUUCAAUUUAUUUGGCAUUAAUUUUAUCAAAACAAUUUCCAUUUUUAAUGAUUUUUGUAUGGCCAUGGGCAUUUGCAGUAACCAUUUCACGUGUAUUAUAUGGUCGUCAUUUUUUUGGUGAUAUUUUAGCCGGUAUUUUUAUCGGUUAUUUUAACUAUGUUACACAAAAAUUUCCAUUACAACAAUUUAUCAAAUGGUUUUUAGUGACAAUGGUUUACGAAACCAUUAAUGAUAAUUAUUAAUGAUUAUCUUUUCAGUUUUGGGUUGGUUUAUUCAAAUUGACAAACAUUUGAUGACACAACAACAACAUCUUCAAACAACAACAACAUUGAAGGUUUUUCAAUGUUUUCAUUUAAUUUCUCGA